GACCUCUGCCAUCCACGGAGUGCUGCAUCCGUCACCCACGAUCCGAUGGACGAACUCUAUCCAUCCAUAUCUCAAUGCGCCGUGGUCGCCACGGUCCUCAAAGUAUUGCUCUUUCCUGCGUACAAAUCUACUGACUUUGAGGUGCAUCGAAAUUGGCUUGCUCUCACCAACUCACUACCACUGAAAGAAUGGUACUUCGAGCAAACGUCUGAAUGGACUCUUGACUACCCUCCUUUCUUUGCGUACUUUGAAUGGGUGUUGUCUCAACCAGCUCGAUUUAUAGAACCGGGUCUCUUGAAUAUCAAAGCUCUAGGCUUCGAUUCAUGGAAAACGGUAUACUACCAACGAGCAACGGUACUAGCCUCUGAACUGGUCCUCGUUUUGGCCCUGUACAUAUUCGUUCAGACCUCUCCUUCAAAAAAAUUAGCGCAUGUGUCCGCUUUGUCGAUACUGCUCUCGCCCGGUCUCCUCAUCAUCGAUCACAUCCAUUUUCAAUACAAUGGAUUUCUCUAUGGUCUACUCAUUCUCUCCGUGACACUCGCUAGGAACAGGUCGACCCUGCUUCUCAGUGGCAUCAUCUUUGCCGCACUGCUCUGUCUGAAGCACAUCUAUUUGUAUCUUGCUCCAGCUUAUUUCGUCUACCUGCUUCGAGCCUACUGCUUGAGCCCCGACAACAUACUUCGUCCACGGAUUACCAAUUGUCUCAAGUUAGGUAUUAGCAUUGGUGUCAUAUUUGUGGCAUCCUUCGGACCAUUUGCAUAUUUCAAUCAGAUUCCGCAAGUGCUGAGCCGACUUUUCCCGUUCUCUAGGGGCUUGUGUCAUGCAUACUGGGCGCCGAACAUUUGGGCUAUGUACUCAUUUACUGACAGGGUUCUUAUAUACUUGGCUCCUUACAUAGGCUUGAAUGUUGACGCAGCCGCGCUGAGUAGUGUUACUCGAGGAAGAGUUGGUGAUACUUCUUUCGCUGUUCUACCAGAUGUCACUCCUGGCACAACAUUCAUUAUUACCCUGACUUUCCAGAUUAUUUGUCUCAUCAAGCUGUUCCUCAAACCUUCCUGGGAAGGUUUUGUCGGAGCGGUGACACUCUGCGGUUAUGCCUCAUUUCUAUUCGGGUGGCAUGUUCACGAGAAAGCCAUAUUGCUUGUCAUCAUUCCCUUUAGCUUGCUUGCACUCAAAGACAGAAGAUACUUAGGCGCCUUCAGGCCGCUAGCAGUCGCCGGCCACGUCUCGCUUUUCCCGCUCCUCUUCACGGCAGGCGAAUUUCCGAUAAAGAUUAUCUAUACGAUCUUCUGGUUGAUCUUGUUUUUACUUGCAUUUGACCGACUGGCACCAGCAUCAUCUCGUCAACGAAUAUUCCUCCUCGACAGAUUUUCACUGCUCUAUAUUGCCGUUUCGAUCCCGCUUAUCGCUUACUGCUCUCUAUUGCACCGGAUCAUCUUUGGGCCCAGGCUUGAGUUUCUACCUCUUAUGUUCAUUAGCUCAUAUUCCGCGAUUGGUGUGGUUGGAAGCUGGGUCGGAUUUUCCGUCGUAUAUUUUUCUCAAUAGAUCUCUAAGAACCUCUCCGUAGUAAACUCUACAUAGUCUCCUUGAGGAGCGGAGGUCGUCUAAGGCAUAUAUCUUUUCAAAUACAAGCUAAGAAAUCCCUUUAAAGCAUCUUGGACAUUCUCUGGGCCGAUGAAAAUAUGAUAAUGAGCAUUUCGGGAGUCUUACGACUCACACCGUCCUGACCGCAGCCUAUUUAUAGUGAUUAUCGUGCCAAGAAGCGACCGGAUUCUCCCCUUUAGAAAUCAAGACCUCUACGGUGACAGUUGAACACAUUAAAUGACUGCGUUGUGGACUUUCAUAGAAAGCUUGCCAAGUUCAACUCAUAAAGUUGUGCUACAGGAAUCGGUUGAGGCCUUGUCAAAAGUGCUUUAUGUGGUUCCAUAUUUGAGCUGAUAGAAACAAGCGCUACGGUG